CACACCCCGUCUAUCACAUAUACUGGAAGAAAUGGCGACGAGUAUACUGCGGCUCCCACUGCGACUUUCCACCAAAAACAUGGGGAUAGUGAGCCGUAACACCGGCUCUAAAACAGCAAACAUAUCCAGGGCGACUCAAAGCAGGACCGCAGUAUCAUCGGCGUCGGGGGCAAUCUUACCGAAACCGGACAAAACGCCAUUCGGUCUCAUCCGCAUGACAGUAGUGGUGGUGCCUUUCCUGUAUGUGGGAACGCUGAUCAGCAAGAACUUUGCCGCUCUCUUGGAGGAGCAUGACAUCUUCGUCCCUGAGGAUGAUGAUGACGACGAUUAAGCUAACUUCAGACAAUAAAUGGGUGCAUAUCAGCCAGCACGAGGAAGAUGAGGAAGAUGGGGCACUAUGACUUCCAUAUACAUCCCUUUACCUCCACCCAUCUCCUUCCUCUCUCCUCUGCUAUUUAUGUUGUUUUAGUCAUUUCAUAUCAUGUGAGGCUAUCAAAACUACACGUUACGCCUUCACUCUUGUUUGCAUGUUUGUGUUUGUCACUCAAUAAACAGAGUUGAUUACA